CGCUCCAAUCAAUAGCCGAGAUAUGAGCCGCAGUUACUGAAAAUGGUCAUUUUGUUUGGCGCUUCGCGAAAUUCAGUAACCGUCAAAUGGAACGCUUUUGAGCUGUUGUCUUAUUUAUUGAACACUGUCCUUUGAGACGCAGUUAGGCUCGCUCUGUCUGGUUUGCUGGAGCUGAGAAACAAAACGACUUUUAAAACAAUAGCAAGGUUAGUCGAACGGAGGUGUAGCCAAGUUUGCUAACGAGUUAGCUUGAAAAAUGCCGAAUUUUUGUGCGGCCCCGAACUGCACACGGAAGAGUACACAGUCGGAUUUGGCAUUUUUCCGCUUUCCCAGGGACCCCGAAAGAUGUCGAAUCUGGGUUGAGAACUGCCGCAGAGCGGACCUGGAGGCCAAAACUGCCGACCAGUUGAACAAGCACUACAGAUUGUGUGCCAAACACUUUGACCCGGCCCUAGUAUACAGAACUAGCCCCUACAGGACGGUACUCAAGGAUACGGCCAUUCCCACCAUCUUCGAUCUGACCAGCCACUUGGCGAAUCCUCGCGUCAAACACCGCAAGCAGAUCAAAGAACUUACAGAGGAGGACCUAAGACGAAUCAAGGAAAGAAGAUUGGCGUCCUCUGCUGAGAAGUCCCAAAAAGACGCGGCCCCCGAAGACCAGAUCGUAGAAGAGCCGCAGAUGUCCGCGGAGGAGAAACAGCUGCGCGACUACCUGCGCUCCCUGUUUGAGGUGGUCCUGACUCUGGCCAAGCAGCGCAUCCCCUUUCAGACCUUCAAAGAUCUCGACGGCGAGAACGCGCCCAACAACUUCCAAGCGCUGUUGGAGUACCGCAUGCACGCCGGAGACGAGGCCCUGAGGAAGCGCUUCGAGGCCACGCCGGUAAACGGCGAGUUCCUCUCCUCGGCGCAGCUGUGCCAGCUCCUGGACGUGUGUGAGAACACGGUGAGGGAGGAGGUGCUGAUGGAGGCCAGGGAGGGCCGCUUCUUCUCGCUGGUCACCGACGACUUGGUGGACUUCGGCGGCGACAAGCACCUCCCGCUCUUUCUUCGCUUCGUCAACCAGCACAACGUCCUGCGCGAGGAAUUUUUGGACUUUGUGCCGUUCGACGGCGACGAAUUGGCGCUGGUGGAGCGUCUGGAGGCGCAGCUGACCGAGCGCUGGGGGCUCAUCAUGGAGGAUUGCCGCGGGCAGGCGCACAAAGUGACCGGGGCGUCGGCCACCAAGAUGAAGGCGGUGGCCGUGCACCUGAUGGAGAAGUACCCGCUGGCCCUUUACAUGCCCUGCUCCCGCAUGGCGCUCAACAUCCACCUGGCCAACAGUCUGCCCUUCCCCAACGUGCAGGUGCUCAUGGAGACCCUGCGGAGGUUGGCCGCCUUCUUCAAGAGCGCUCCGGCGCAGGCCCUGCUUGCCACGUGCAUCUCCGCUCACUCGCCGAAAAGUGACGAAAAGGCGGCGGCGCUCCAUCAAGCCUGCGGCGAAGGUUGGACCGAGCGCCACAACGUCUUCGACGUGCUCCUCGACAUCCUGCCGCCGCUCAUUGCCUGCCUGGACACCAUCCACCGGAAUGCCGACGGCGCCUUCGACGGCGCGGCCAUGGCCGGCGCCUACUCCCUCGCCGAGACGCUGGCCGACUUUGAGAUGGUGAUGACCGCCGUGGUCCUCAAAAGCGUCCUCACCUUCACCCGAGCGUUCGGCCGGAACCUCCAAGGCGAGACGCUGGACGCCUUCUGCGCCGCCAACAGCCUGACGGCCGUCAUGCACUCGCUCGUCGAGGUCAACGACAACAUCGACGUGUACCACGAGUUCUGGUACGAGGAGGCCACCAACUUGGCCGCCUCCCUGGAGAUCCCCGUCCGCGUGCCCCGGCUCUUUGUUCAGAGGCAGCGCGCCGCCGACAUGGGCGAGAUCCAAGCGGAGGCCUACUUCCGCGAGUACGUCACGCUGCCCAUCAUCCACAGCGUCAUGCAGGAGGUGGAGGAGAUGUUCUCCGAGGUCAACCUCAAAGUCCUCAAGUGUCUGUCGCUGGUUCCGGCCAUCAUGGGCCAGAUGAAAUUCAACACCACGGAGGAGAACUCGGCCGACAUGUACCGCGCCGACCUGCCCAGCCCCGAGACGCUGGCGGCCGAGCUGCACUGCUGGCGCAUCAAGUGGAAACACCGUGGCAAGGAGGUGCGCCUGCCCGCCACCAUCCACGAGACGCUGCAGCUGCCCGACAUCAAGUUCUUCCCCAAUGUCAACGCUUUUCUGAAGGUGCUCUCCACGCUGCCUGUGCUGAGGAUGGAGGAGCAGCGGGGCGCCGCCGCUGGCGAGCGGCUGCGGGCCUACCUGGACGCCGUGCCCGCCAAGUUGUGGAACCGCAGUCUCGCUGUGCUCAACGUCAACGGCCACGUCAAGCCCGACCUGGACGUCAUGGUGGACAAGUACUGCAGACUUUAUCCCGAGGAGGAGCCCGAGCUGGAGCUGGAGCCUGAGCCAGAGGAAGAGGUUGCCGCCAAAUGAACUACGUCCUCCAUUUUGUGUCCGGACUGGCGCUUUUAUAUCAUCUUUUUGUAUGUAGUGCGCGAGGCCUUCAAGCGACAUUCAAAACGACCGCACCACGUCAUGACAUCCAAUCAAACGUGAGCAGUUUUAUUUUUGUACAGGCAUCAUUUUCUGUUUAUGCACAUAUCAUAACAGUCUGCCUUUGCAUUUAUUAACAUGUGAAAUCUUGUGGCGUGGAGUUUAUGGUGUAAACGAAUCUGAAAAAAUGGACUUGUUCAGAUAAAGACAUGAGACAACAGUCCGUGGGAUUUAGCCCGCCGUCCCUGUGAACGUGGGACUUCAUCGCAGUUGAAGAGCAAACGAGACCGCAAGAAGGUGCUGCUGCACCAAUUACACACUUGCCAGCCAGUUUAUUUGAUCCAUAAACCAAAGUCUGGCUUGUUGUUAAUGCCAAGCUUCAAUGACUUUGAAUAUUACCUGAACAAAGCAUUUGAUUUGUGUUUCGCGUAAAGAUUGUAUUGAUGUUCUUGCCUCAACAUUUCCCCUCAUGAUGAGUCACGUUUGAUCGCUGAUAUUUAGUUGUUUUAGGUUGAAAAAAAAAUUCUCAAUCAA